GCGGAGAGGCAGCCCCAUUCAUAUAGGGCUAGUAGGCGGGCAGGCAAAGCGCAGGAGCGGUCACACACCAUCGCCCACGUAGUGUGUGAGACAAAUGAUGGUCCCUCACUGAAAAUUCCAGGCCAGGCUAAAUUGCGUUUUCAGCAGCCGUUUCGGCAUCGGAUAUACCGGCAUCUAAAACCGAAACCUCCUCUCAGGAAUGGAAUUUGAAUGUCUUAAUUAAAUACAGGUCCUCUCCUGCGCUGACUGCCUGCCGCGGAUAGACUGACUUCCUCGUCGCCUGGCUCCUCAUCGCUGCCGCAGACAAGCCGCUCUACUCGGCUCAUUUAAUCCAGGCUGUCCGCCGAAAACUGUCUUUGGCAUCUGGACACAUCCGAGCUGGUCUAUCGUUGUUGAAUUUAACGUGCCUGUGUGUGCUUGCGCUGCCUGUAUAAUGCCGACACAUUUGCGUUUCCGGAGAAGGUCAUUCCUUGGGCUUUUAUUCCUUUUUUCACUGUCCACCUCCGCCUUGUAUUUCAUCUACUCCGCCCCCGGAAUCGUGAAUGAGUAUGUGUUCAUGGUUCAAGCCAGAGGGAUCCAGAUCAGAGAGAACGUGAAGAACAUUGGGGCGCAGGUUCUGGAGCAGGUGGUGAGAGGGGCUUAUAGCAUGAAUGGCACAGACUAUGCCUAUGACUUCAAUGUGAGCGAGAGUGAUGCUCCUCCCACCACAUUCCUCCCUGAGGGCUUCACCUACCUCCCCUCUCAGGUUUGCCCCGAGAGGCUGCACACCAUGAAGGGCAGGUUGGAGGUGAAUAUGAGUGAGGUGUCUUUGGAGGAGGUGGAAAGAUCCUUGCUGGAGGAAGAGCCUAACAUGGCCCAAGGAGGCCACUGGAAGCCAAACGACUGUUUACCUCGCUGGAAAGUAGCAAUCCUAGUCCCGUUCAGGAACCGACAUGAACACUUACCCAUUCUUCUGAGACACCUGGUGCCAGUGCUGAAAAAACAGAGACUCCAGUUUGCCUUUUAUUUCAUAGAGCAGCUGGGCACGGAGCCAUUUAACCGAGCCAUGUUGUUCAACGUGGGUUACAAGGAGGCUAUGAAGGACCUGGACUGGGACUGUUUGGUCUUCCACGAUGUGGACCACCUCAUGGAGAACGACAGGAACUACUACGGCUGCACGGACAUGCCCCGACACUUUGCGGUCAAACUUGACAAGUACUCCUACAUGCUUCCGUAUAAUGAGUUCUUUGGUGGUGUCAGUGGCCUGACGGUGAAGCAAUUCGAAAAGAUUAAUGGAUUUCCAAAUGCCUUCUGGGGCUGGGGAGGAGAGGAUGAUGACCUCUGGAACAGGGUGCGGUUUGCCAAUUACACAGUUAGUAGACCACACGGAGAGCAUGGACGCUACAUGUCAAUUCCACAUCACCAUCGUGGGGAAGUCCAGUUCUUAGGAAGGUACAGUCUGCUACGCCACUCAAAGGAAAGACAGAAAGUGGAUGGUCUUAACAACCUAAACUACUCCCCCCUAGUGUCCAGGAGACCGCUCUACACCAACAUCACAGUCAGCUUGAGCAGAAUGCUUGCACCCAUAGCCGACUACUGACGUAGGAACAGCUGAACUGCAAAACACCUGGGAAUCAAAGUCCUCUGGGACAUCAGCCAUAUCUCACCAGUGGCAGCACUGCUUAGGAAUAUUUAGUUGAUUCUUUGCUUAAUGUCUUUAGUUUGUAU